AUGAGUUACCAAGACAAUGAUCGUGACCAUGCAGAGCCUCCUCGCUGGCGGCAGUCAAAUAGCAGUCGAUAUCAGCCCGUCCCCGACGGCGAAGCCUCUCCUUCGACACGCCAAAAACGCCAAAGCGGACGAUCGAAGCGCGCCUCCUCGAAAAGCCGACGUUCUAACCGCCGAUCCAACCCGCAAAUCAACGAUGCAUCUGAUGAUGUAGAAGUAGCUCCGUUGAGAAUAAUAAAGUCACGCUCUUCCGAGUUACACAAGUCAGACUCUUCGUACGCAAAGCCGCCCGCACAGCCUGCGGGAUACCAUGCCCUUGAGCCAGAAGAGGACCCGAUAGUACGUUUCGACGAGGCUCAGUUAGCAAUGUUCGCUGCGGAUAACGCUUCCCGCAUGCCUAACAUCAAAGAUGAAUUGGCUCUGGCAGCGGGCAAAGUUACCCCUGGAAUCGACGACACACCGUACAUCCAGUACGCCUUACAAGCGCUAGUAGGCGGUCAGAGCAUAUCGAUUCCGUCGCAUCUCGUGUCUAGCUCGUCUGAUGGAUAUUCCGAGCGGUAUGAGCCGCUACGCGGAUUUGAUGAAUCCGCAGCAUACAAAUCGCCAAUUCAUCAGGAUCGAUUAGCGAGGGACAAUAUUGACCUCCGGCCAGAGCCUCUCCCUCAGAAGGGGCCCCCCACUCCUGGGCAACUUCCACGACGCAGCACGGCCUCGUUUGACCCCACUGGAGCAAGUACAUCACGAUGGAUUCCUGUUUCCAAAAACAUGCAAAAAGACCUCGACCCCCACGGCAGAACUCUUCAGUCCCUCAACUUCAAGCCGCGGAUUCUAAGGGCAUUCUCAAUGGCAAUCUUGGCGAUACUAAUUCUCCUUAUGAUGGCAGCUCUCAUCUUCUCAGCCAGGUAUUCAUACGCGCAUUCUGGCUUGACACCAUAUCCCGGUAGCAUCUACUCGGGCCAAUACUUUUUGUUCCGCAUAUUGCCACAGCUGUUGGGUGCUGUUAUUUUCAUUUACGCCCAAAACGUCGUAAUAGCCUCUUUACGAAUUCUGCCUUUUACUGCGAUGGCUAGCGAGAAUCCACGAAUCAGAUGUAUGGCUCAAUUUCAGAGGUUAUAUCCUACCACCUUUUUGCUACCCCAGUUCGUUGGGCCAUGGCAGUUUAAGAUUUUUGAUGUUGCAACAUGGCUGGCUAUAUUCACGAUCCCCUUAGAAAGCGCAGCUUUCACGUGUGUUCUUGUCCACGAAAGGUGGAUUUGGGCUCCUGUUCAACCAGUUGUUUGGGCGCUUGUUGGUCUGUAUGGUGUUCUGUUGCUGGCAACAGUUAAUUUAAUGGUGUAUUGGCUCGUGCAAUGGACAGGCCUUUCCUGGGACAUUCGGUCGAUCGGAGAUCUUUUGCCCCUGUUGAACCGCAGCAACAUCAUGUCUAGCUACAGACGAGAUGACCUUGCCGAGGACACCAAAGUGUUUAAAGGCCAAUUGCGCGAGAGAUGGUUUGAUCGACUGGGGUACUGGAAAGCCGAAGAUGCGACCACUGGAGGCAUUUGGUACACCAUUGGAGCGUCGCCUGUCCAGGACUUGGGGAUUUCGGGAAAGAAGGAUGCGCCAAUCGACUUGAAAGGGGCGACACCUCAUCUUUUGAUCGACAACACUUUUGGAAGAUAUCUGCCGCUGUAUCUUCGUGAUGGUCCACUUAUCUUUUCUGUAGCAGUCACUUUUGUUCUGCUGGUAGCUCUAGUUGUUGUUUCUUUCUUGCCGCAGACCCGGCUAGAAUCAGGCUUUUUGCCGAUGCUAAGUGCAAGGCCUGACCACAAUGCCUUUUCGCCAGCCGAUUUUGUCUUCAGUUUCGUGCCGGCCCUUGCUGGCAUGAUUCUCUUUUUGCAGUUUCAAAUCGUCGAUCAGUCACUGCGCAUCCUCCAACCAUGGGCUGACUUACACGAUGUGGACGGUUCUCCGGCUCAGAGAUCGCUUUUGGCAGACUACGCGGCCUGUCUUCCCCUACAGGCGACAUGGAGAGCAUUGGGAAAUGGGCACUGGAGAGUGGCAGGCAUAUCUCUGCUGGCGACACUGUUUAUUUUCAUCCCAAUUUUGGGAGGCGGGCUCCUGAUGGCUUUAACGGCUCCUGAUAGGACGGUGCGAAUGUAUCCCAGCAUGCCAGUCUUUGGCGUCCUGUUGGCAUUCCUCUUCUUAUAUGUGGGCGGGUUCGCUUUGAUGGUGCCCCACCGACGCCAAUUCCUACUCCCCCGGCCCGUCACCUCGAUCGCUGGAAUUAUCAGUCUCUGCUCUGCUGAAGAGCUCACACAAGAUGCCGCGUUUCGAUCUGUUCGAGGGCGGAGUGAUCUUGAGAACCGACUAGGUGUUGGACGUGAUGACUCCCGGGAUGAGAGUUCGUGGUUCUUUGGCCCCGUCUUAGGAAAAGACGCGAACCGGGCAAGUAUUAGACGCAUGGUCGAUUUCUCGGAAAAGAUGCCAAGAUCUUCAAGAUCUAUGGUUUAA